AUGAAGCAGUAUCACACUAGCAGCAGCGAAUAUCUACGGCUUGAACAUCCGGAGCGAAGUAUCGCGCAGCCAGAGUAUGAUCGAUUGAAUGAGAGAUACCAUCAGAACGCCACCCAAGCUAUCGAAUUUGCUUUGACCAGACUCACGACUCUUCACGAAGAAGACCGUAAGACAUCAGGACAGCUCUAUGGCACCACCGCGUGGCUGCACUCAAAGUCCAUAGACUUGACCGCCAAAAUCUCCGAACCCUCCACGCUGGACAGUAUCAAUCUCUGCAAUAGACGAUUUGUAACAUACACCACCGAGGAGCGACAGAGAAGGGCUGUGACACGCAUUAAAGCGAAACUAGGCUGUGAUAUCGGCGAGAUCUUCGAACAGUGGUCCACAGCGACUAUCACAACCCUGGCUGUAGGCACUUUGUCUACCAUUGAAGAGUUUGUACAGUAUCUCGAGGGCCAGCCGACGCGCGAAAUCAGAGAACAGUUGGAUCUCGCCGUUAACGGCCCUCUGCAGGAUCGGUACAAAGCAUCUACUGGUCUCCGGGGCACAAAGCCUACUCAGGCAAAGUUGAAAGCCUUCCUCCAGCAGCUCAAAAACAAGGAUACCGCCAGCUCGUCGCUCGAUGCCAGUGAUACGCAACCCGCAAAUCCUCAACGGCUUCCCCAGCGUACAGCAAAGCAUCUUCAAGCAAAUUACGCUGAGACUCAACCAAGGAAGAGACGCAAAACUCUCGACUCUUAUCCUCCCAUUGAAAACCCUCGGCCAAGGCAACCAAACCCAAGUGAUCACUUUGACGAGGACUCCCCUUCCUUCGAAAACCCACGGUCAAGGCAACCGGACCUGAGCCACCACUUUGACGAGGACUCCCCAUCCAUCGAGAACCCUCGGUCAAGAGAACCAAACCUAAGUGAUCACUUUGACAACGACUCCCCUUCCAUCGAAGACACUCGGUCAAGGCAACCGGACCUAAGCGAUCAGUCUGACGACGACUCCCUUCUCAUUACAACCCCUCGGUUAAGACAACCGAACCUAAGCGAUCACCUUAGCGACGACAGCUUCAAUAGUGAAUUCAACGGACUACGUGCCACGGUACAAAGAAUGGGCUCCAGACGGCUCCGAGCCGAAGUCCCUAGCAACGAAACUAUGUCGAUAGAAGAACACCUACAGCUCGCUCUCACGGCAUCUGAGAUCAAAGUUCAAGACCUAGAAUCUACUCUAAACAACGCCAAGUUGAAAUACCAGGCAGCCGCCACCGCAUGUAGGAGAGCUGACCAACACCUUCGCGAAGCCCUGGAUAUGUCUCCCACAACAGGGUCACAACUCCCAGGCGACAGUCUGGAGGGCUUAAAAGUAUAUUUAAACAAGAUCGAAGGCGCGGAGGUCGGGAUGGUGCAAAUGAGACGCGAAAGUGAAAUGCUGGCAAGUGAGUUCCACUCUGCGCUAGAAGAAUACAUCGUGGCGCUUAGUGGUUGUGAAGAUUGUGGAAAAAGAACGGGGCAUAUCAAGGAAGCUCUUGCUCUCUGCUGA